AUGUCUCGCAACGCGGCGCUGCUGUUCCUGCUGGGCUCGUCUCAAGCUGUACCUUUCAUAUCCCGGGCUAGAACCACCGUCUAUUCUGAAGAGACGCCAGCCCCAAUCGCGGUUCCCGUCACCAAUGUGACAUCCCACGGUCCAUACACCGGCCCGUCUCCAACCACGACCGGGGCAUUGUCAAAUACCGUCCUGGGGCCGUCGAUUCCUGCCUUGCCACCGGCUGAGGAUGCCUUCAAGUACCCAGCAGACGGCAAGUUACACGGUCCUCAGCCCGCGCCAUACACGCCGAAUGGUGGCAUUGGCACCAACGGCUCCGCGCCAGUCUACAGGGUGCAGAGUGACUUUGACUAUCAAUCGCUCGCCUUGGCGCUAUAUCAUGAAUGGAUCGAGCUCGAUCUUUUCCACUGGGGCUUGGCCACGUUCCCUGACGAGGAAUUCGACGCCUACGGUAUCAAUGCCGAGGACAGGUUUCUCCUGCAGCACAUGGCAGACCAAGAGAUCGGGCACGCAACCGUUCUGUCCAACAUGCUCGGGCCCCAGGCGCCAGUACAAUGCUCAUACAACUACCCCGUUUCCAACGUCAGGGAGUUUAUUGACUUUAACCAAAAGCUCACACGGUGGAGCGAGGCCGGCGUGUAUGGUUUCCUUCCGCACCUCAACUCCGGGCCCGCCGCGCAGCUUCUGCUCCAAAGCAUCACGGUCGAGGCUCGCCAGCAGUUAAUCUUUCGUCAGUUUGGAGGCCAAUUCCCCAUGCCCGAGUGGCACACGCCUGGCAUUCCCCAGAGCUGGGCGUGGACGCUGCUAGCACCCUACAUAUCCAGCUGUCCCUACAACCAAACGCGUCUCGUUUGGCAGAACUUUCCCGCGCUGCACAUCCUCAACCAACCCAAUCCUGCGCGCAUCAACGGCUCAGAUGCUUGGAAUGAGACGACUGGAGGGUGGAGCAACACGCUUUCUACUGCCAACAUCUCCAAGUCGGAGCUGUGCGUGAAUGCCACAGAUAAGACGAUGGACUGUGGCGCAGCUAUCAGCCAGAACCGGAGCAUACCUCUGUCGUAUCCUGGUCGAGAAGUCUUUCUGAAAUGGAACAAGCCGGGAACACUGGUCGGGCCCAAUAAUAGCUACGUGACGACAACGAAUGUGGUUGAGCCCAAGUUUGCUGCUUGGAUAUCGCAGUUGAAUGUCACAUAUUCGCCGCUCCUGAACGUGAGCACCAAGGAUAAUACGGCAUACACCAUCCAGCCCAACACGUCGACGUGGGCUGGCGAUCCUGCUAUAAACGGCACAAUGUUUCUUGCGUUGACGGAUGUUGAUCUCUAUGUCACGCCGUACAACCUCACUAUGAUCAAUCCUCAUGUUGGAGCGCUUGCUGUCUACCAGGCUGGUUGA